AUGGUGAUGAUAAACGGUGUCAAGUACGCCUGUGAACGGUGUGUUCGAGGACACAGAGUAACGGCGUGCACCCACACCGAUCAGCCUUUGUUGGCGAUCAAGCCCAAGGGAAGACCUACCACCCAAUGCGAGCACUGUCGCGAGCAGAGAAAGCUGAAACACAACCACGUGAGCUGCGUUUGCGGAAAGAAGAGCAAAGUGACACAUGAUGCGCAUGAACUGAAUUGCCCUUGCCAUAUCGAUGGUAAGUGCACUUGUCAAGUGAAGAAAAGAUCGAGUCAGUCUAGCCAAUCGAGCCAGUCUAGCCAAACGAGUCUGCAGUCGCAUCCCCAGUUGCAACCACCUUCUAACCCGGGCUCUGGCAAUGGUUCUAUCAAGAAAAUCGACGAAUCAAGUCCGGAGGAUUACGGGGAACUCAAAAAUCCUGGAGAGAUCACCAUACCGAUUGACGAGUACAUUGGUCCCUUGAAUACGAUGACCAACAACCUCAAUAAUCUGUUACAAGAUAGAAACAACAGCGGCCUUCUGGAUCUGUUUGAUCGUGAGCCCUCCGUGGGCUUCCAGCAUCACCAACCGAUGACUCCAGAGGGGUUGUUUCCUCUGUACCCUCUACUUGGUCCCAAAAUGGCAUCUCCGCCAGAGGGAAGUACCGACUCUUUGCAGCAAAACCAUACGGGUUCUAGCAUCAAGUCAAGACACCUGAAUCACUCUUCUAGCUCCAGCUCUAGUGUUAAUCUUCACCAUUCGGGACAUCAUGCACAUUCGAUCCACGGUCAUUUCUCGCCAUAUCCCACUCCGAGAAGAACCACCAGUUUCAUAUCGUUGUCUUCAAACUCCACCGCAAACACGUUGUCACCACCGAGACCAUCAUUGUUGACGAUGAAUUCUUCAGACUCGCUGAAUGGUUUUCAAUUAACCAAUUCCAAGACGAACUCUACCAUGGUUGAAGAGCUGUAUCACACCAAGACCUUGACUGAAAACAGUCACAACGACUCCACAACGAGCAUGAGUCUGAACAUGAACAAUCUGAACAUGAACUCGCACAUGGGAUCUUCCAGCCAUAUACCUAAUCUUAUGGCUAGUCAAAUGGCGAAUACAGUCUCCAAGACAUCGACAGGUGGCUCGUUUCUGGACAACAUUGACUCCAUCGGAAGCAUACCCAUAAGCUCGAGCGACUUUGUGAAGGAGUCUGAUAACGACAACCUGGUGCAGAGCAUGUACAAGGACUCUACCCCGUUGAAUGAUGAGGAAUUCAACGGGAUUGGGUCUUUGAGGGUCGAUGAUGAGUUGAGACUCGACGAUCUAAUAGACCUUUAA